UUAAAGUCUUCACUUAUAUUGAAACAAAACAAAAUAAAACACUGCUUCUUUUUCUUUUUCUUUGAGAGAGAUACAAUGGCGACAACUUUGAUAUCUGCAGUUGCAAGAAGGCUAGAGGGAAAAGUAGCCCUAAUCACUGGAGGUGCUAGUGGAAUUGGUGCAUCCACAGCUAAAGUUUUUGCCCACCAUGGCGCUAAAGUGGUAAUUGCUGAUAUUCAAGAUGAAUUAGGGCAUUCUGUUAUUGAAGCCCUAGGCCCAUCAAACUCUUCUUAUGUCCACUGCAAUGUAACUGAUGAGGCCCAAAUCAAAAAUGCCGUGGACAAAGCUGUUGCUUCAUAUGGCAAGCUAGACAUUAUGUUCAACAAUGCUGGAAUUUCUGAUGAGAAUAAACAACGCAUUAUCGACGUAGAAAAAUCCGAUUUUGAUCGUGUUCUCGGAAUUAACAUCACCGGUGUUUUUCUUGGCAUCAAACACGCUGCCCGUGUCAUGAUUCCUGCGCGGUCCGGUACUAUUAUUUCAACAGCUAGUGUAAGUUCAAGAGUUGGUGCUGCAGCUACACAUGCAUAUUGUUGCUCCAAACAUGCUGUUUUAGGGCUAACAAAAAAUGCUGCUGUUGAGCUCGGUCAGUUCGGCAUAAGGGUGAAUUGCUUGUCGCCUUAUGCGCUUGCUACGCCUUUAGCGACGAGUUUUGUUGGUGUUGGUGAUGAGGAAUUAGAGAAUGUGAUGAAUACACUUGGUAAUUUGAAGGGUGUUACACUUAAGGCGGAGGAUAUAGCUAAUGCUGCACUUUAUUUAGCAAGUGAUGAGGGUAGAUAUGUUAGUGGGCAUAAUCUGUUUAUAGAUGGUGGAUUUACUGUCUAUAACCCAUCUUUUCAUAUGUUCCAAUACCCAGAUUCUUGAUUAAUUUUAUUAUGUCACAAAGUUGAGUUUUUUUUUAUUAAUUAAUGUUACUUGCAUUUGGCCUGUGUUUUGCA